AUGGACUCAUGGGAUCUAGGAAUGAAAAACGGUAAACGCACUUGGGAUGUCUGGUUCCUUGACUGUUUGUCUCACACAUGGCACAGCGUCCCGUCCAUGAAGAUGGCUCGUGCUUCAGCAUCGGUAAGCCUUGUAGACGAGGGGUGGGGGAUUGCCCAAACUGGGCAGACUCAAAAGAGUGUGGUGCUAGAUGAUAAUGGGACGAGUACGAUUUUUGCGGUGGAUGAGGAUGGUCAAAGCUUCUACAUCGUGCCAAGUGAUGGCAUAUCCCUUGGAGAAACAAAUUCUAAGCAGCCAGGACACCGAAAAGAUUGGUGUGUCAUUGGGAAAGAGUUACUGUUGUGCAACUCUGCCGGGAACAUUGUCAUAUUCUGGAACAAGCAGCUUGACGAUAUUGAGGGGAAUGUGGAGCUAUGGUGUGCUGAGAUUUCUGUGGAGAGACGCAAGGGAGGAGAGGUUUGGGGGAAGUGUGAGUGGUCCGAUGCUGUCGUCAAACUUUAUCCUGAUUUCUCACACGCAUAUACCGUUGAGGUCUUAUAUGCUGCUUCUGUCUAUGUCUGA